AUGGAAAACGAAGACACCCCCACACCCCCAGAGAACAAGGCAGAGGCUCCAGCGGUCCCAUCAAGUCCUGGCCUGAGUUCCACCAAAACGGAGGCUGAUGCGGAGCCCAAUUCGGAGCCCACCAUGUCAGCCAAUCAGGCUGGGCUUGCCGAUGCCACAGAGAAGGACAGCAGAGAGCAGCCUGUAGCUUCCAGGAGACCAGAGAGGGAGCCCCAACACACAGGAUCACCCCAGGAGUGCUCAGGGGAGCUUCAGACGGAGGAGCCCUCAGAGAAGCCCUCAGAGUCACCUCUGGCAACCCAGGAAGGGUCGAUGGAGCUGCAAGCUGGCGAGGAACAAGCCCAGCCUAGCGGGGACUGUGUGACCCCUGAAGGGCAGCCAGAGCCAGCCGUGGACCAGCAGGAGGAUCUGCAGAGUGCCGAGGCCCAAGAGAUUCAUCCCUCCCGGAGCUGCCAGGUUAUCCCAGGACACUGGGGCGCAAAAGAGCCCCCCGUGCCCUUGGCAGAGGGAAACACAGACCAUGGUCUGGAGACAGCAUGCACCCUGGACAACGGGAGUCAGGCCCAGGUGGACGAGCCUCCCAGUGAAGCAGGCCUCCUACAGGUCAGGCUUCAGGAGCCUAUGCCAGUACCCAGCUCAGGGACACACAAGGACAGCCCCCUGGAGCCAGUGUCCCCCAAGCCCGUGGCGACUGCACAGGAAAAGAAGGCCCUUCCCCUCUUGCAAUCUGUGCCAGGAUCUCGAAUACACAAAGACAGAAGUGAGGCUGUGGAGACCAAGGCGACGCCAAGGCCUCUCCCUUUUACAGAGGUGAGAGACCUUGAGAAGAAGGAGCUGACCCAAGGGCAGAAGCAACGGCAUCAGGCUUUGGCGGCUGUAGGCACCCACGGCCCUGGGAACCAUCGGCGGGGUUUCAUGAAGUGCCUACUGGAGGUGGAGGAACAGGAGGAAGCCACCCACAGGAGGACUUUGAAGACUCGGACCCUGACAACCCGGAAGUCCUCCAAGAACCUCACUUCUGUGUCCACCUCAGGCUCCGCCAACAGCUCAGUUCCAUCCUUACCUCUGACCCUGAAUGAGCCCUCCAACUCAGUUCCAGCUACUAUGGCACCAUGGGUCAGAACAACAGGCCCCGGGCAAGCCCCUGCCUCCGGGGGGUCCCCUGGCUCAGUUCUGUCACUUCCCACCCAGGAUCUGAGCUGGAGAUGGCCAGAGAUCUUGCCCCAGAGCAACGAGAGGAACCUCAACUUUGUCAAGUCACGGCAGGAGCUGGAAGAGCAUGGCCUCUACAAACUCUAUCAAAGCUGGGAGGAGCGAAGUGAGGAACACCUCACCCUGAAGCAGGAGGAAGCCUUCCGCAGCUACUUUGACCUCUUCAAUGGCUCUGGUGAGGUGGACGCGAGGAGCCUCAAGAACGUCUUGCUUCUAAUUGGCCUCAACCUUACUCCGGCGCAGCUGGAAGAAGCCCUGAUGAGUGCAGAUGUAAAUGGAGAUGGUCAUGUGGAUUUCAAAGAUUUUUUGGCUGUGAUGACAGAUACCAAGCGCUUCUUGUACUCUGUGGAACAGAAUGUCUUGAUGGAUAUGUCACCUCUGAACCCCUACACGCUGUUCUUUGAGAUCCUCUCUCUGCUGGUGGAGAUGCUGGCCCUGCCGGAGGUGGCCCUUGAGGAGAUCACGAAUUACUACCAGAAGAAGCUGAAGGAAGGUUCCUCCAAAGCCCGAGAGAUGGAAUCGGCGAUAAGCUCACUGCGCUCAAGGAAGAAGCUCUCUUACAACCCUCAGCAAGCAGACAACUUAGAAGUCCCAGAACGAAGGGUCCUCAGGAUCCUGAGCCGGCUGAAGCAGCAGAACUAUGCUGCCAAUCUGCAGAGCCCCUAUGCCCAGGUGCCCUGCAUCCCACUCUGCCCGAGGCUGGACAAGAAGACAGUCCGUCGAAAGCAGGGUAGCCAUAACCAUUCUAUGCUGGAUCACUGUGUUCCCACAAGCCUGGGCCCUGAAAUCCAUGGUUUCUUCUUCCAGUCAGGACAGCAAGCAAGCAGGGAACACAGCUCUGACAGCAGAAAGUGGCUUAACUCCGUGCCGGCCCGAACCCACUGAUCCUCUGGCUCUAGAAGUUCAAGGCCUACAGACAGCUAGGCCAUGGGGUAGGGCCUGGCAUUGGGAGUUUGCUUUCAUGGCCUGGUAAGCC